GGAGAAAUCGAAAUGUCAGCUAGAGUGUUUUCGACGAACCUGAGUUUUCUUCCGAAGUUCACCAGCGCCGAUGUGGUGAAGAGUGUGGAGGUGCAUUCUUCCACUAAAGGGAACAAAUUGGAUAAAGGAUACAAGUUCUUCCAAGAAGAGUUUAUCCACAAUUACCAAGAUAUCACUGGAUGUAGAGAGUGCCAACCUGAAAGCUUUCUCCUGCAGUUGUGCGGCUGGUAAAGGAUUCUGCAAUCACAUAGUUGCCAUCCUGUACCAGACCGCACAUUAUUCACAGCUGGGUCUGCAAGUUAAGUUUUUUUUUAUGUUAUGACUAACCAAAUGAUGGUUACCUCAGAUAUAAUGAAUAAAAUGUAAAUGUAGUUAUGCACUCAUGUCUGACUUUUCUUUUGUGUGUCCAAUAAUCUUGUGUUUCUCUUGUCUAGGACCACUGCCAGAUCCAUAUAUGAUGGCAUCUGGAAGCAAAUUAAGCCAGGUGCAGCCCCAACCUCUCAUGGCUGUUGUAUUGGAUGGGCUUUCUGAGAUGGAGUGGACGCCAUCUAAAUUUGGGUCUGUCCCUCGUGGAUCCCCCAUGUCCUAUCACUGUCCACCCAAGAAGUCCAGUGACCUCCUCCUACACCACAUGGCUCCAGAAUUUCCAUCCCUUCCUGUGAUGCAGCACAUUUUUCCUAGGUUGCAUUUUGUCCCGACCUUGCAUCAGUUAAUGGAUCUCCAGUCUCUUGAAGUGUCACCGCAGCUGUCCUUAGAGAUAGCAAAAGAAACUCAGCAGCAAUCCAAAUGUCCUGCGUGGACACAGCUACGGCGAACAAGGCUGACUGCUAGUCGUUUUUGGGAUGCUUGUUGUAGUAGGUCGUGUCGUGCAGAGCUGGAGUCUGCAGCUAUUCAGAUGAUCAGAGGCUCCACAAAGCAAACAGCUGCAAUGAAGCAUGGGCUACUAGUGGAGCCUGAAAUACUGGCAAACUAUGCUGAACUGUUGCGAGUUAAUGUGUUACCAGCAGGGUUCGUCAUUCACCCUGAUGCACCACAUCUCGGGGCCAGUCCAGACGGUCGGGUGUAUGACCCUUCAGAGUCACCUCCUUUUGGCCUGGUUGAAGUGAAAAGCAGCACAAAAACUGAUCCAUCUCAGGUUGCUCACCUCAAGGUGCAGGAAGGCCACGCCAGUCUGAGGCGUUCACAUAAGUACUACUGGCAGGUUCAGGGCCAACUGGCAAUCACAGGACUGACAUGGUGUGACUUUGUUACCGAUACCCUAUCAACUUUAACCGUGGAAAGAAUUUGGCGUGAUGACUCAUUCAUUGCGGAAAUGAAAGAGCAAUUAGAUAUAUAUUAUUAUGGCACAUACAUGAAUGCAUACCUUAAAUUACACUAAUCUUGUUUUAC